GACCUGGUUAUAAAGCCAAUAUGAUCGAAGGCAAAUGUCGCCCGGUAGCUGCUUUGUGGGUUUAUUUCUGGGGAAUAGCGGUGUUUCUCAGCUUGGUGACAACUAAAGAAAUAGAAGGUUCUAGAUCUCGUGCUCCAGCAAUGUCUCCAUCUGACUUUCUGGACAAAUUGAUGGGAAGGACGUCAGGAUAUGACGCAAGAAUUAGACCCAACUUUAAAGGCCCUCCUGUUAAUGUCAGCUGCAACAUAUUUAUCAACAGUUUUGGCUCAAUUGCAGAAACAACUAUGGAUUAUCGUCUAAACAUCUUUCUGCGUCAGCAAUGGAAUGACCCCAGACUGGCGUACAGUGAAUACCCAGAUGAUUCUCUAGACUUGGACCCAUCAAUGUUGGAUUCAAUCUGGAAACCAGAUUUGUUCUUUGCCAAUGAGAAAGGAGCCAACUUCCACGAGGUGACAACGGAGAACAAAUUAUUGAGAAUUUUUAAAGAUGGGCUUGUCCUUUAUUCAAUAAGAUUGACUUUAAUUCUUUCAUGCCCAAUGGAUCUAAAGAAUUUCCCGAUGGAUGUUCAAACCUGCAUAAUGCAGCUGGAGAGCUUUGGCUACACAAUGAAUGACCUGAUCUUUGAAUGGGAUGAAAAUAAACCAGUGCAAACUGCAGAUGGACUAACCUUACCACAGUUUCUCCUUAAGGAAGAGAAGGACUUACGUUACUGUACAAAACAUUACAAUACAGGAAAAUUCACAUGUAUUGAAGUAAGAUUCCAUCUUGAGAGACAAAUGGGCUAUUAUUUAAUUCAGAUGUAUAUUCCAAGUCUUCUAAUUGUGAUUCUAUCCUGGGUGUCAUUUUGGAUAAACAUGGAUGCCGCUCCUGCUAGAGUAGCUUUAGGUAUUACAACAGUGCUUACAAUGACUACGCAAAGCUCUGGAUCUCGAGCUUCACUGCCUAAGGUGUCCUAUGUUAAGGCCAUUGAUAUCUGGAUGGCAGUUUGUCUGCUAUUUGUGUUCUCUGCUCUUCUGGAGUAUGCAGCUGUGAAUUUUGUGUCAAGACAACAUAAAGAGCUACUCCGACUACGGAGAAGGAAACGGAAGAAUGUUGAGGGGGUGCUUGAUGGAAAUGAAAACAUAGAAACGAUGCGACGUAGCAAUGGCUUGAGAAGCAGCGAACCAAUAUACGGGACUUUGGCACAAAUCUACAGACCCAGUAUCGAGAAGGACGAUGAGGUGAGAGAAAGUCGCUUUAGCUUCACCGCAUAUGGAGUGGGACCUUGCCUACAAGCAAAGGACGGCGUCACUGCUAAAGGUGCCAUCAACACAUCCCAGCCUGCACCGAAAAACCAAGAUGAUAUGAGAAAACUCUUCAUUGACAGAGCUAAGAAGAUCGAUACAGUAGCACGAGCCGGUUUUCCUUUAGCCUUUUUAAUUUUCAAUAUUUUUUAUUGGGUCAUCUACAAAAUCCUUAGACACGAGGACAUACACCAACAACAAUAG